AUUUUAGUUCGUGCCGCGCCGCCAUAACGUGUUUCUCUGUUUUCUUCAAGGAACUUGCUAUCUCCCAAUGAAGAUGAAUAUCACUUCAGCUGCUGGCAUAAUCUCCUUGCUGGAGGAGCCUAUGCCUGAAUUGAAAGUUUUUGCUUUGAAAAAACUGGAUAUGAUAGUUGACGAAUUUUGGCCAGAAAUUUCUGAAGCUAUAGAGAAGAUCGAAAUUCUACAUGAAGACAAAUCAUUUAACCAACACGAGCUAGCUGCCUUGGUAGCCAGCAAAGUAUACUAUCACUUGGGUAGCUUUGAAGAUUCUUUGACUUAUGCUCUUGGAGCUGGAGAACUGUUUGAUGUUAAUGCUCGAAAUGAAUAUGUCGAUACUACUAUUGCCAAGUGUAUUGAUUACUACACUCAACAACGUGUUUUGGAGGCAGAGGGUAAGCUUCCUUCGGGUAGCAAGGGCAUUGACCCUAGACUGGAAGGAAUAGUGAAUAGAAUGUUUCAACGCUGUCUGGAUGACAAUCAAUAUCGUCAAGCUUUGGGUCUUGCUCUUGAGACACGCAGAAUGGAUGUAUUUGAGGCAGCCAUUAUGCAGUCUGAUGACGUGAGCGGAAUGCUGUCGUACGCCUUUCAAGUCGCCAUGAGUCUCAUCCAAAACCGCGGAUUUCGCAACACCGUACUACGGUGCCUGGUCAGUCUGUAUCGAAAUCUGGGCACCCCCGACUACGUCAAUAUGUGUCAAUGUUUGAUCUUCUUGGACGAUCCACUGGCCGUAGCCGAGCUCCUCGACCGACUGAGCAAGGGCUCGCAGGACUGCGUACUGAUGGCGUAUCAGAUCGCUUUCGAUCUAUAUGAGUCUGCGACGCAACAAUUCCUCGGACGCGUCCUGCAAGCUUUGCGUGCCACCGCGCCCAUUCCGGGCGCACUGAUGGUUAAACCCGUGGUUAAACCCGCCGCCGCCAACACCAAGUCGGUUGAAACUACCACGGAAUCCGCGAGUAUGGAGACCGAUAGCAGCGCUGCUCCUGCGGAAGAUAAAGCCGAACGCAGUGUCGAAAGUUUGAAUGCAGAAGAGAGAGAACAGCAAGAACGCGUGGAUGCUCUGUCUAGUAUUUUGGGCGGCGAGGUCUCGAUCGAUCUGCACUUGCAGUUUCUUAUUCGCAGCAAUCACACCGAUAUGUUGAUUCUGAAAAACACGAAGGACGCCAUACGAGUUUCGAUUUGUCACACCGCCACCGUGAUUGCUAACGCCUUCAUGCAUUCAGGAACGACUAGCGAUCAAUUUCUUAGAGACAACUUGGAGUGGCUGGCUCGAGCUACUAAUUGGGCAAAACUGACUGCAACUGCGUCCCUGGGAGUAAUACAUCGGGGACAUGAACAGGAAGCUUUGGCUCUAAUGCAGUCUUACUUACCGAGAGAUUCUGGUGCCGCUGGUGCUGGAUAUUCUGAGGGCGGUGGUUUGUACGCCUUGGGAUUGAUUCAUGCUAACCACGGCGCCGCUAUUACAGACUACCUCCUAGGUCAAUUAAAGGACGCUCAAAACGAGAUGGUCCGUCAUGGUGGUUGUCUCGGGCUCGGGUUAGCCGCCAUGGGGUCUCAUAGACAAGACGUUUACGAGCAACUAAAGUUCAACUUAUACCAAGACGACGCAGUGACCGGUGAAGCCGCUGGAAUCGCCAUGGGAAUGGUUAUGCUGGGAUCCAAAUCCACGCAGGCUAUCGAAGACAUGGUUGCGUACGCCCAAGAGACGCAGCACGAAAAGAUUCUCCGAGGCCUGGCCGUCGGCAUCGCCUUCACGAUGUACGGUCGCCUCGAAGAAGCGGAUCCCUUGGUGACAUCAUUGUGCGCAGACAAGGACCCGAUCCUGCGUAGGAGCGGCAUGUACACUUUAGCGAUGGCUUACUGCGGCACCGGAAACAAUCAGGCCAUCCGCAAGCUCCUGCACGUUGCCGUUUCCGACGUUAACGACGACGUUCGGCGAGCCGCGGUUACCGGUCUGGGAUUCCUGCUAUUCCGGACUCCGGAGCAAUGUCCCAGUGUUGUCUCGCUCUUGGCGGAGAGCUACAAUCCUCAUGUGAGAUACGGCGCGGCAAUGGCUUUAGGUAUCGCCUGUGCUGGUACAGGCCUGAAGGAGGCUAUCGCGUUGCUGGACCCAAUGACGAAUGACCCCGUGAACUUCGUCAGGCAAGGCGCGUUGAUCGCCUCCGCCAUGAUCCUGAUCCAACAGACGGAAUCUACAUGUCCCCGCGUCAAGGAUUUUCGAGCUCUAUACGCCAAAGUAGUAGUGGAUAAACACGAGGAUGUCAUGGCGAAGUUCGGAGCUAUUUUGGCGCAAGGAAUCAUCGACGCCGGUGGCCGCAACGUGACCGUGUCACUGCAAUCGAGAACGGGUCAUACGAAUAUGCUGGCGGUGGUUGGAGCCUUGGUGUUCACCCAGUACUGGUACUGGUUCCCGCUGGCGCACUGCUUGGCCUUGGCCUUCACACCAACGUGCCUGAUCGCGCUCAACGCCCAGCUGAAGAUGCCCAAGCUGGAGAUCAGGUCGAACGCCAGACCGAGUGUUUACGCUUAUCCUGCGCCCCUCGAGGAGAAGAAGCGGGAGGAGAGGGAGAAGGUCACCACUGCCGUGCUCAGCAUCGCAGCGCGUGCCAGGCGACGGGAGUCCGAGAGAAGGGCCAGGGAUUCGCACGAGAAGAUGGACGUGGAUCCGCCCUCGGAGACGAAGGAGUUGCCGGAGGUGAAGGAAGCGUCAUCUUCGAAGGAGAAGGACGAAAAGAAGAAGGACAAAGAUGAGAAGGAGACUAAGGAGGUCAAAGAUCCCAAGGAGAAGACCGAGAAGAAGGGCAAGGACGAAGAGAAGGAGAAGAAGGAACCGGAACCGAACUUCGAGAUUCUUCAAAAUCCCGCUCGAGUUUUGCGUCAGCAAUUGAAGGUUAUUCAGCUGGUCGAGGGCAGUCAUUACGUUCCUGUCAAAGAUAUUCAAAUUGGUGGUAUCGUCAUGGUCAAGCACAUCCAAACCGAUACCGAGGAGGAACUAGUCGAACCUGUCGCCGCCUUCGGGCCAAAGCCCGACGAGGAGAAGGAAGCCGAGCCGCCCGAGCCCUUCGAGUACACCGAGGAUUAAGGGGUGAAAACACGCGUCGCCUCGUUCUGUCAUCCCGACACGCCCGUCAUUCGUCAUCGCGAUGAAAUCGCGAUACACUCGUCCUCACUUUCCGUUAAUAUCACACGCCUGUUUUUUUAUAUUCGUCGCGAUUCCCAUCUAUAUGUUUAAUUAGCAAAGUAUUGCGAACUCGAAUAAAUUUAUUGCGUCAAAGACA